CUUUAUAGGUUUUAAAAUUGGUGUUUGGAAUAGGAUCUGUCACCUUACAAACAUGACCGUUGGUAAAUUUCGUGAAAUUUUAACUGGAAUAAACUCCAGCAAUAACGACACGAGAAAUGCAGCUGAAAAAGAAUAUGAAGAGGUGCCGCUAGUCAACAGAUUCAUGUUGCUUGUAGAAAUACUUUCCACUCAAGAACAAUGUUUACAAACCAGCACUCUUGCUGCUAUUCUUCUACGUCGCAUCAUAACUUCUAGUUACAAUGAAAGUUUUGGUCAAAUGGAUGCGGAUAUGCAACCAAAACUAAGAGCUCAAGUAAUAGAUUGCAUUAAACAAGAAACAAACUCUGUACUGAGGAGGAAAAAAGCAGACUGCUUGUCUGAGCUUGCAAGAAAAUCCAUUGAUGCAAAUGGUAAUAACCACUGGCCUGAAGUGUUGACGUUUAUGUUUGGAUGUGUCAACUCAACGGAUCCUGGCAUGAAAGAAAUACCACUACAUGUGUUCAGCCAAUUUCCUGGUAUUUUUGGAAACCAACAAGACCAUUAUCAGAACGUUAUUCGACAAAUGCUGGGACAAUGUAUGAUGGCCAGUGAACAGCCUUCGAUCCGUUUUCUUGCAGCGCAAGCAACUAUGGCAUUCCUUCUUACUAACACAGCUUCUAAUCAAUUGUUGAGGCAUUUUCAAGAACUAAUGCCUGCUGUUAUACAGGCAGCAGAGGACAGCGCAUCCGAAGACAAAGAUGUUGUUCUCAAAAGCUUGGUUGAGUUAUGUGAAGAUGCUCCGAAAGUUGUUCGUCCUUUUGUUGAACCUUUACUAACCACUUGCCUUAAGGUUCUUGGCAAUGCUGAAUUGGAAAACAGCAUCAGGCAGCUUGCCCUUGAAGCGAUUGUGACAUUGUCAGAAACUGCGCCGGGCCUUAUUCGAAAGCAGAAAGCCAUCAUACCAAUUAUAAUUCCCCAGAUGUUGGCUCUCAUGAUUGAUCUUGAUGAGGAUGAAGAUGCUCUUGCGGAAUGGUCAGUCGCUGAUGAUGCAGAGGAUGAGGAGGGCGAUGCAAACACUGUUGCGGGAGAAAACGCCAUCGACCGGUUUGCUUGUGCUCUCGGAGGAAAGACCAUACUGCCCCACAUUAUGUCCACUGUUCCCCCCAUGCUACAAAACGAGGAUUGGAGAUACCGACAUGGAGGUCUGAUGGCGAUAUCUGCUGUUGGGGAAGGUUGCCAUAAAUACAUGGAAGAAAUUCUUGAACAAAUUGUCAAUGCUGUCUUGCCUUACUUAAAUGACGCGCACCCCAGAGUGAGGUAUGCAGCUUGUAAUGCAACUGGUCAAAUGUGCACAGACUUUGCACCAACAAUACAAAAGCAAUGUCACGCAAGAAUAGUUCCUUCACUAUGUAAUGUGUUAGAUGAUGUAGCCAACCCUCGAGUACAGGCACAUGCUGGAGCAGCUUUGGUAAACUUUGUAGAGGAUUGUCCCAAGUCAAUCCUCCUCCUGUAUUUAAAUCCACUGUGUAUGAAACUAGAACAGGUUCUCUCUACACAAAUACAAGAAUUGGUGCAAAAAGGUACCAAACUUGUUCUCGAGCAAAUCACGACAACCAUAGCUGCAGUGGCAGACACAGCAGAAGAGAAAUUUAUUUUAUUCUAUGACCGUUUCAUGCCUUCACUUAAAUACAUAAUGGCGAAUGCAAAAAGCAAUGAAUUACGAAUGCUCCGAGGUAAAACAAUCGAAUGUAUCAGUCUUAUUGGACUCGCUGUUGGAUCGGAGAAGUUUAUGCCAGAUGCUGAAGAAAUCAUGCAACAACUGUUAGCCACGCAAGAAAACAUUGAGUCGUGGCAAGAUGACGAUCCACAAAUAUCUUAUAUGAUCAGUGCAUGGACCAGAAUUUGCAAACUGCUUGGUCAAAAGUUUGUCCAAUAUCUUCCCGUGGUGAUGGGACCUCUGAUGAAGGCUGCAUCAAUUAAACCUGAAGUUACGAUGCUCGACUCUCAGGAUGCAGAGGACCUGGAUGAGAACGAUGGAUGGGAGUUCAUUAAACUUGGAGGACAGCAAAGCUUUGGCAUCAAAACUGCUGGUUUGGAAGAGAAAUCGACUGCAUGUGAGAUGUUGGUGUGUUACGCUCGUGAAUUGAAGGAAGGAUUUGUAGAUUAUGUGGAGGAUGUUGUUAAACUGAUGGUUCCACUACUCAAGUUUUACUUUCAUGAUGGAGUUCGUUCAUCUGCAAGCGAGGCACUUCCUUACUUGCUGGAGUGUGCUGCCCUCCGUGGUGAGGAGUACGUUGACCGUAUAUGGACAUAUAUCGCUCCCCACCUUUUAUCUGCAGUGAAAGAUGAACCCGACAAAGAUGUUUUAACGAGCUCAAUGGAGUCACUAGCCAAGUGUAUUGAAUUACGAGGCAGAGGCUCAUUUUCAAUGGAGCAGUAUCAAGAACUGACACAGAUCAUUCAAACGAUGCUUAAUCAACAUUUUGAUCGAGCAGCAGAACGACAAAUGAAGAGAGCUGAUGAAGAUUAUGAUGAACAGAUUGAAGAAACCUUACAAGAUGAGGAUCAAGAAGAUGUUUACAUUUUAUCAAAAGUUGCCGAUAUUCUUCAUUCUUUGUUCGGAGUCCUCCGCGCAGAAGUUCUUCCCCUAUUCGAUGUUCUUCUUCCUCAUUAUGCAAAGCUACUCGAAAGUGACCGACCGUGGGCAGACAGACAGUGGUCGCUUUGUGUGUUUGAUGACGUCAUUGAAUAUGCGAGUCCUGAGUCAAUAAAGUAUCAAGAUGUCUUUGUGAGGCCUUUAAUUACAUACAUUGAGGAUGAAUCACCUGAAGUGAGACAAGCAGCAGCUUAUGGGGUUGGUGUAAUGGCUUCAUGUGCUAGUGAAACAUACUAUGCUGCUAUUACAGAGUCCAUACCUCGCUUAAAGAGAGUGAUAGAAGGUCCUCAUGGAAGAGGAGUUCAGAAUCAACCUCUUGCUCAUGAGAACCUCGCACCUCUUGAAAACUGCAUCUCAGCUGUCGGGAAAAUUCUUCGGCACUGUCCAGCUAUUCUGGGAUCCGAAGCGGCCGUGGCGCAACUUCUGCAGCUAUGGUUGUCGUGGUUACCUGUGACUGAAGACAAGGAAGAAGCAGCGCAUGUUUAUCGCUUUGUAUGCGACCUCAUAGAGAGCAACAACCAAGUUGUACUCGGUGAAAAUAACAGCAACUUGCCAGCUGUUAUUUCUUUGAUUGCUGACGCAGUUUAUGGAGAAGCAUUUGAAGAAUGUGCAGACGUUGCAGAGCGUUUAAUUGUUGUCUGCAAGCAAAUUCAGAUGUCUGCCACUGAAUGUUGGAACAACAGCCUUUCUCAGCUAGAUAUUCCAAAACUGCAAUCGUUGAACAAUUUCUUGUCUUCACACGCUUCUUAAAAUUACUUAGAAGCAAGUCCUACCCCUCAGCAUGUCUUUAGCCCUGCUUUUUCAUCUUAAGGUGGAACUAAUCUCUACUUUCAGCGCCGUGAGGUGGUCUGGGACACAGACUCUGUAUUUUUUACUUGGCCGUUUACUACUUUCUCUAUUUCAUGUUUCUACUGCCUUAAAUGAAACCAAUGAAAGAAUUGUUUUAUGCAAAUUUUGCAUUGCCCACUUUACUAGGCAUUCGCUAACGUUUUUAUAACUUAACUGUUGGGUUAAAUUUAACAUUGACACACUGCAACGACACCACAUCUCGUGUAAAUCAUUUAAUUUAACUCGGGCAUAGUUGCACACAAAAUGAAACAACGGUUUGAGUAAGCAUGUGUAGUUAUAAACUAUUGUACGUUUAUAGCAUGGGAGGUUGAAAAAACGGGCGGUCAGAAAAAUUAACGUUGCCUUUAAAAUAAAUUAUAUUCUCCUGA